GUAAUCCUGAGGUUCAGAGAGCCGGCUGGAGAGGCAGCCUCGGCACAGGAACCGUGACACCCAGAGCAAAGGCCACCAAGCGGAUCCCAGCCUCCUGGGGAGCAAGUGGAGUGAGAAUAGCCCCCAGCCUGACCGCCCUUCAGUCCUGAGAGUACCACCACCCGCUGCCGCUGAGCCAUGGCUGAAGGGGAGAUCACCACCUUCACAGCCCUGACCGAGAGGUUUAAUCUGCCUCCAGGAAACUACAAGAAGCCCAAACUGCUCUACUGCAGCAACGGGGGCCACUUCCUGAGGAUCCUUCCAGACGGCACAGUGGAUGGGACAAGGGACAGGAGCGACCAGCACAUUCAGCUGCAGCUGAGUGCGGAAAGCGCGGGCGAAGUGUAUAUAAAGGGUACGGAGACUGGCCAGUACUUGGCCAUGGACACGGACGGGCUUUUAUACGGCUCACAGACACCAGAUGAAGAAUGCCUGUUCCUGGAAAGGCUGGAAGAAAACCAUUAUAACACUUACACAUCCAAGAAGCACGCGGAGAAGAAUUGGUUUGUGGGCCUCAAGAAGAACGGGAGCUGCAAGCGCGGUCCUCGGACUCACUAUGGCCAGAAAGCAAUCCUGUUUCUCCCCCUGCCGGUAUCUUCUGACUAGAGGGAUCCGUCUGGGUGCUCCCUAUUUUGGUUGACCCUAAAAUGUUCCCUUGACCAUUGGCUGCGCUAACCCCAGCCCACAGAGCCUGAAACUGUAAGCAGUGCUUCUAAUAGCCAGUUCACCUUUCUGCUGAGCCCUUUCCCCCCGCAGCACAGUUUGGAACAGAGGGACCAAAUUGCUUCUAUGGGGCCAGCUGGCUGGUCAGUCUAGGUCUGGGUUUGGAUAUCCAGUUGCCUCAGGGUACCUGCUGCAGGCUGGACCUCACGACACAAAGAUGGGGCCAUGUGAAGCAUCCAGAGGGGUCUGAGAAGUUGGUCCUUGGUUCCAUGCUCUUUCUCCUACUGAGUAAGCCCUGGUUUGAGUACCCCAAGUACCUAGCAGGUCUACCCUUCCCCCUACCAGCACCCCACCAAUAUUAGUAAAGAAGUUGAUAGUGAAACUGGAGGAAUCCCAUGAUAGAGACCGAAAUCCCCCACCCCCAUCUGCAUGCACAGACUUAAAACCAAAAGGGAGUGGCAUUUCCGUGGACAGUCUAGAAGCGUGGGGUCUCAGCACCAAGUAAAAGGUGAGGCUCAGCCCAGCAGUCAUUCCCAGGUCACCAAGGAAACAUCUACAGUCAGGGGAUGAGCCGUGGGUGUAGGAGCAGUGAGAGAGGAAGGGCCCUUCAGCUGUGGAUGCUAGCCUCUCAAAAGGGAGAUGUUAGACAUGAGGACAAGGAGAGAGAAAAGUAAAGCCAUGAAUGACAUGGUGUGCUGGGCCACCAAGAAACAGGGGCUUUGGGGUCCCAGUAUGAUGGCCCCCAAAUCGCACACGCAUACAGAUCAUCUGAGGGUUUGAUUUGAAUAUAAAACCUGAUUUGACAAGGCUGGUGUGGGAGUUCUAUGUUUUAAAAGGGUUCCCAGGUCCAAGCCGGCUUCCCCACCAUGCUUUCAAAAGAAGAAAAUGUUAUUCAAACAAAGGUUGCUCAAACCGUACCCUCCUCUGCCUUCAACUGCCUGGGUCUCCCUGAACAUUCAGGCAGCGGCCAUGGUAGUUAAGCAUGGUUUUAAGGCACUUUGGCCCAGUGCCCUAUAAAAUGCCCACUUAGAAGACAUAGAAAGCAUACUUCAAAAAAACUGUUAAACCUCACCAAUAGCUUUUCCCAAGAGACCAUUUCUGGUACCAUUAUUUCUCCAAACAGGCCUCCCCUUAAAGUAAACUUGGCCCAAGUGGCCAGCAAAUUAGAAACACUAUUCAUCUCUGACAUAUGACACAAAUGCCAUGAAAAGGCCUUUCAUACGCCAUUUCAAUAUACUGUGAGACUUUAUGUUUUUGUCGCAUUUUAUAUAGCUCGAAGGAAUUAAAUGGAUUCGCAUUCAGCCACAGAGAAUGAUAAUAACUGCAUAGGAGGUAAGCUACUUAGUUUUCUAACACACUACAUUUAUUCAUGAGGCUUUUCCUCUUUGUCUUCUAUUGUACUUUAAAAACAGGUAUCUAGGGGCUGGUGAGAUGGCUUAGUGGUUAAGAGCACAUACUGCUCCAGCAAAGCAUAGGAGCUCAGUUCCCAGCACUCACAUCCCUAUGCUCACACCUGGUUCUAACUCCAACUCCAGGGACCUGCUGUCCUCUUCUGGCUUCCAGAGGUACUGCACGCACAUGUACGAACACACACUCAGACAUGCACACCUUUUUUUUUUUUUAAAUCUAAAGCAAUGAUAUGGUGGCUGUGGAUUAAAACCAAUGGCAGUGUUCACUUGUUUGACAAUUUUUUGACAAGGAUCUAAAGGAAUUAUUCCUUUAAAAAAAAUCCUUCUAACUACACUGUCGUAUUAAGGAUAGGAAACGAAUGAUGAAACUCUUGAGAGUUCAAAGUGCUAAUGGAGGAACUGAACUGAGUUAUUUGACAACAUGGUUAAUAAUAACAUUCUGCCAGGCUUGUUGGUGCGCCCCUUUAAUCCCAGCAGUCAGGAGGCAGAGGCAGGUAGAUCUCUGUAAGACUGAGUCCAGCCUGCUCUAUACAGCAAGUUCCAGGGGUAUAUAGAUAGAGUCCCUGUCUUUUAAAAAAAAUUAGUAACAAUCAUGAAAAUGUUUUGCUUCCUUACAAUAAGUGAUUCGUGACCUUUUUUUAGUCUAUAACUUGGAUAAUAUGAUUCUGUUUUGUUUUAGUAAAUCUCAGGCACACUAGUGAUGAUACAGUAUGGCUUACCAUGUCUUUGUAUAUAUAACGAUUUGAAGAUUUGGCCAGUAAAAGUGUACAGAGAAGAAAUCUACGAAUCUUAGAAUAGUCAGUAGUUUUCAUUAUAUGAACCAAACACAAGUAUAACAUUGGCCAAGACAAAUUUAAAACCACUGCACACCGAUGAGCUGGGGUCUGUGACUUCAGAGACUCAAAGCACUGCUGUGCACUGUGGCCUUAACAAUCAACCAAGUCACUAUCCAAGUAUUUGCCCAUUAGCUACUGCAGGCCAGGCCUAAUGUGUGUCAGGCAUUGGACAGUGGCCCCUGGGGACCAUGUCGGUCUGGUACCCUCUCCCUGGGCAUGUAUUUAUAAAGGGAGAUGCUCUGGAUUCAUUUCUUCCAGUCAAGUAAAAACCCGGACUACACAGAUUCCUACUGAAUCAAUGAAUCAAUAGUAUGUUCUAGAAACUCCCAAUGGUAGAUAACCCCCAACAAAGCGAGAGGGGAUAAGCUUGGUGAAGUAAACCCAGGACUUUCGAUGUUAACCCUGUGUCUGUCUCACAGGGGUGGACUAGUUUCAAAUCAGGAAAGGAGCUGUCAGAUCUUGCAGAAAGGGAGCAGUAAGCCGGUCCCUGGGCUGUCUGGGACACUGAAUGUGGGAAGCUUCAGUUGUGCACUCUCUUGCAUAGCUAAGUCUCGAAGCCAUCUGCUUGUCAUGUGCCUCUCACACGCACUCACAAUUCCAAGCUGACUGUGACAAGGCACCCAACGCUCCCUACACAGUGUGAGGAGCGUAUGGGCUUUUGACAGUAACAUACUAGAAACGGAGCUGGGCGUUUCCCCCAAUGGCCAGCAGCAGUGUGUCCAGACCAAAAAACUAACUGGUGCCUCAGCUGCCAUCGGAGACGAGGCCCCUGCUUGGCACUGAAGGCAGUGAAACCCAAGUGCUCAGCUCUGCAGAGACUGCUGCCGAAAGCGACCGCAGUCCGUGGCUGCAGAGCAGGCUCUGAUGAAGACGAUGCCUGACGUUGUCGGCUCCACCCCACCCCUCCCCACUGUACCACACGGCACCUUAUAGAUACUAAUAAAU